AUGUUUUCAAAAUAUGAUUUUCUGAAGGAUGUCAAUCCUGCCAAAGAGGAUUGGAGGAUUAAGGUGAAGGUGGUUCGUGCUUGGAAAGUUCCUAACUUUCAGCGUAGAGAUUUUGACAACAAUGUUGAAAUUGUUUUAUUGGAUGAACAUGGUGGUAGGAUCCACGCCACUGUCAAAGGUUAUUUGCCGAUGCGGAAGAAAAUCCACGAAGGAGAGUGCUAUUUUAUAAAAAAAUUUGGAGUUGGAUUUAAUAGCGAUGUGUUCAGGCCAACCAAGCAUCAGUAUCGUUUGUCUUUCAAUUUGAGGACUGAUCUUAAAUCAAUUGUUGAUUCUAAUAUUUCUGCGAGUGAAUUUGAUUUUGUUCAUUAUGAUAUCAUUGAGAAAGAAACAUCUGACUCUCCUUAUUUAGUGGACGUCAUUGGUUUAAUCUCAGGAAUUGAGGAAGUUUGUGAACAUGUGGUGUCUGGUAGGAAAACGAAAAUGGUUGUGUUGGAGCUUGACAACCUGAGUCUUUCGGCUGAUGGUGUGGAAAGUAGUCUGAGGAUGACUCAGUUUUCUACUCAGUCCUCAUAUUCUUACGAAAAUGAUUUUCUGAAGGAGACUGAAAAGAAGUCUAUCAGUGAUGUGCUUUGUGGUAAGGUUACGACUUGCAUCACGUAUGAGACUAUAAAAUCUAUUGACAACAAAUCAACUGGUGGUACAAGUCUUGCAAAAAAUGUCCAUUUUCUGUUUGUGAGGAUUUUGAGAAGUGGUACUGUAAGAGUUGUGGAUAACACGGAUUCCACAUCAUUUCUUCUGUUUGAUCGCGACUGUGUGUCAUUGUUGGGGAUGAGUGCUGGUGAAUUGCGCGAGCUGCAUUUCAAGAGGGGUGCGGAUUUGGAUCAAUUUCCAGAAGAGUUAAAUGUUCUGAACGAGAAGCCGAUGUUGUUCAACCUAAAUAUCAAGCAAACGGAUUUUUCAAGAGCAAUAGUGAAGUCACGUUUUUUUGUUGGAGUUACAUCUUGA